GGAUCUUACAGGAAGCGAAAUGUCACUAUUCUCACCCCAUAGAAUUCUUCUCAGAACGGGCAGUGCAUUUCAGCUUGCUACGGCUACGCGAGCACUCCUCAGUACUUCUAGUCAGCUAAGGAACACCAAAAACGCUCAGUCGGGCCUAGCAGAGCAAGCACGCGCAGAAGAGCCGGUUGCGUCUUCGCCCUCUCAAACAACCAGACCUGAGCAAAAGAGCUUGGAAGAAGAAACCACAAAACAAACCCAAACACACGCUGAUUCAACUGUGAAUGAAUGGGGAGCACGUUUAACUGAUCUUAACAUCAACGCUCGAUUACCGAGAAGUGUUCAAGCACUGUAUCUGCGGCCGCUCCGAAGAAAAGCCGAAUAUGGUCUCCCGGUUUGCGACCUACAGUUAAGAUCGUACAGUGUGCGAAAUCUCGAGUUCUUUGCGGACUUCGCUAUCCGUGCUGCCUACUACCUGAAUCUCCCUGUUUCUGGUCCAGUGCCCCUACCGAAAAUCGUCGAGCGGUGGACGUUUCCCCGUAGCAGUUUCGUACACAAGAAAAGCCAAGAGAACUUUGAACGUAUUACCGUCCGCAGGUUAAUUCAGAUCAAAGAUGGCAACUCUCAAGCUGUGCAAGCAUGGCUUGCUUUCCUCCGGAAGCAUGCGUUUUACGGUGUCGGAAUGAAGGCCAAUAUCUGGGAACAUGAAAGUAUUGAAAUUGCGAAAACUAUGGACCAAACUCUUCCGGAGAUUGAGAAAGCCCUUGAACCUCAUAUUUCACAAUUCGGUCGUCGAGAAGAUGCAGAGCCCGCUCAUGAUUUGAUAACCAACUUUCUGGGAAGCGAACGACUGUCGCUGAGCAAGGGGCCACUGACCGAUGUCCGCGGAGGAUGA